UUAGUUUUGUUAAAUCGUAUCUUAAGUGUCCUAAGAAACAGUAGAGACAUUAUAAUUGAUGUAAACAGACUUUAGUUUCGGCCACAAUAGAACAGUGCAACACAUGUAUUUCUACAUUGUGAUUCAUUUUAUAUUUGAAGAUCUUAAACUCAACAUUAUGAAUACCUCCACAAUGUCGAAGGAAGACUUUGCAGAAUAUGAAGCGGCAGUAAUGCUGUGGAAAAUAAUUCCACCAUUUCUUAUCGUAUUCGGAACUACAGGAAACGCAAUAACGAUUUAUGCGUUACUACAGAAACGUCUUAGAAAUUCGCCGACGCCUUUGUUUCUCGCUACCUUAGCACUUUCGGACAUUCUUGCAUUGACUACUGGAUUAUUGCGGCAGUGGAUAAAGUACACAUUUGAUGUGGAUAUCAGGGAGGACUUUACGGUAUCAGGAUGUAAGUUCCAUUGGUUCAUUGUGUAUGUUGUGACACAAUUUUCGUCAUGGAUGCUUAUUUGCGUAACCGUGGAACGAGUCAUCAGCACAUUUUUACCACAUAAACGACAUGUUUUUUGUCAAAUGAAAUUUGCCUAUAUCUCAGUUUGUGCAGUACUCUGUUUUCUCAUGACAUUGAACGCCCAUUAUUUGUUCGGAUAUGGUGAUGUAAGUCGACAUGUAGGCAACGGAACAAAGGAACAAAGGUGUGUCCCAACGACAGAACAAUACGAUCAUUUCAUAAUUUAUUCCUGGACUUGGAUAGACUGGUGUGUCUUCUAUCUGAUCCCACUGCUAGUUCUACUUACAGGUAACAGCCUGAUUGUAUAUAAAGUGUUCAAAAGCCACCGUCGGUGUCAUGGUACGGUCACAUCAAAUACAAACCCGUCAACAGCAGUACAAAAAUCAAUAUCUAGUCUGACAUUAUUAUUGAUGCUUGUUAGCGUGUUAUUUAUUAUCUGUGUAACACCUAUAGUUGUCUAUCCGAUUGGUGAUCCAUACUGGAGAGAAGGUACUUCUGAACAUAAACUGGCUAAAUUGUUUCUUAUUGAAACGAUUGCAAACCUAUUGAUGUAUUUAAACCAUUCUGUAAACUUCUUGGUAUAUUUUCUGAGUGGGUCAAAAUUUCGGAGCGAAGUCAACAGGAUAGUAUGUGUACAUGCUACUGGACAUGCAUCGACCGUGUCAGGGUCGUUUAUGUCAACGAAAAAUUAUGACUUAUGAAAAUAAACAUUAUAACUUUGCCCUUGGUUUUUAGCUUGUUAAAAUGUUUUAACACAUAUUUAGACAGGUUUGCGUUCAUCAAGUCGUACGUAAGAAUAUGACUGUUAUUGCUUUUUAUGUCUUCCCUUCGAUGUGAUUGAAAUGAUUAACAUUUUCUCAAUAAAUCUUACACGAAAAACAGAAAAAGAAACAGUAUUGUUUCGACGUAUAUCUUUUCUACAGUUUUCAAAUUUAUAACACUUUUGCUUUUGUUGGUACUAUUCAGAACUGUUCUAAUGUAUUGCCUUAUGCUGUUGUCUUACCUGAAUAAAAAAUAUGAAAAUAUAAAUUGUCAACUUUCCUAGAUUUAAUUAGAAUUGAACAUAAACUGUCGUAAAUAUAGAUAUUAUUGCAGAUGUCGGUCGGUCGGUCGUAAUGUAGACCAACUGGUUUCCCGAUGACAACCAAAGAUCACGAAAGUUAAUAGGGAGGUUUUCAUGACCAGCAGAUGGUCUCUAUUGAUUUUGAGGUCAGUAGGUCUAAGGUCAAGGUCAGAGUGACCCGAAACAGUUAAACGGUUUCCGGAUAAUAACUCAAGAAUGCUUCAGCCUAGGAUCAUGAGUGUUGACAGAGAGGUUGGUCAUGACCAGCAAAUGAUCCCUAUUGAUGUUGAGGUCAGGAGAUCAAAGGUCAAGGUCACGAUGACCCGGGACAAUUAAACGGUUUCCGCGUGAUAACUCAAGAAUGCUUGGGUCUAGGAUCAUGAAAGUUAAAAGAGAGGUUGGUCAUGACAAGCAAAUGAUCCCAGUUGAUUUUGAGGUCAGUAGAUCAAAGGUCAAGGUCACAGUGACCCAGAUCAUUUAAACGGUUUCCGGAUGAUAACACAAGAACGCUUGGGCCUAGGAUCAUGAAAAUUGAUAGAGAUGUUGAUUUUGACCAGCAGAUGACUCCUAUUGAUUUUGAGGUCAGUAGAUCUAAGGUCAAGGUCACAGUGACCCAGAUCAGUUUCCAGACGAUAACUCAAGAACAAAAAAAAUUGAUAGGGAUGUUGGUCUUGACUAGCAGAUGACCCCUAUUGAUUUUGAGCUCAGUAGGUCAAAGGUCAAGGUCACAGAACAGUUGAACGUGUUUUGCCAAAUAACUAGAGAGUGUUUUGGUUUAAGAUCACAUUUGAUACAGAGGUAAUUUAUGACUGGUAAAUGACCCAUAAUUAUAGAUUUGAGGUCAGUACGUCAAAUGUCCAGUGCUCAUUGUCCAAAGAAUUUCUGUUCCUUGUGCAGUUACUGAAUGCACCAAG